GCCUGGUGUUAACUUUGGGAGUCUCUUUCUUCUGUUAAUCACAAUAGAACAUUGACCCAGACAAUACUUAUCAAGUCUCAUGCUGUUCUUGUGAUUUAAAGGCUUUUAAAUGUAUGUCUUUCUGACCCUCAGAUUUUGCGAAUGUUGUUGGCAGAGAUUACUUGAAUAUUUUGUAUAGAGAUUACUGGACCUCUUGACCUGACUGGACAACCGGAGCCAUCGAAGGGUGUAGCGGACCAUACAAUAUGGGCUGCGUAGUGUCUGCUCGAAGGGAAUGUGGUGGAAAUAGAAGAAAACCAGGAAGUAUUGGCGAAGUUUCAGUCUAUGUUCCUGGUCUAAGAAUUCCCAAACCUGUCGAUUUUGCUCAGUAUCUUGGUGAUUACUUAUCUAAGAAUGCAGUGGAACGUCUAUCUGCUCUCAAAACUCGUGUAGUUGUGAUGGGUGGCCAAGAAGGUCCUACAACUACAAGAACAAAAAGAAAAAGUGCCACUCAACAUGGAGGUUCAACAUUGGCUGAUCUUCAGCAGGCUCUUGAAGACUACUUGCCAGUCCUUUUGGGAUUAGUUAAAGAUGGAAGUCAACUGCAACGCAAAGUACAAUUUGUUUGGAUUAAUCAAGAGGAUGAUGCGGAGGAAACAGCCAUGUCAAAUGCUUGGUAUGAAGUGUUGUCAGUUUUACACUUGAUGGCAAUGUUAUCUCUAUCACAGGCCAAUUUAUUACUUCUUCCUAGAACAUCUGCUGAUGGUUAUCAGCCAAAAGUAUCAGAAGAAAGCCAACGAACUUCAAUUGACAUCUUCUUGAAGGCAGCUGGAUAUCUGGAUUGUGCAAUCAGACAUGUUCUUCCCCAGUUACCUUCUGAACUCAGGAGAAAUUUACCGGUAGACCUGGCAGAAGGGGUUCUUCAAGCACUAUGUCUACAGGCAUUGGGGCAGGGUGUAGGUGUCCAGCUUGGAAUAGCAAUGGAUGAUACCAAAGCCACUCUUGCAGUGAAGCGUAGACUUGCAUGUGAGAUGGUCAAGUAUUGGCAACAGGCUCAAGACAACGUUAUGAACCUUCCAUUAGCCAAUGGUUGGGGCCAAAAACACUCUCUUUUUGUGAAGUGGAAGUAUGUUGAAUCAAAGGCUGCGGCAUAUUAUUAUCAUGGCUUGAUUCUUGAUGAGGGGAAUACAGAGAAGUCUCAAGGUCUAGCUGCUGCCGCUUUGCAAGCAGCAGACGAGUAUUUCAAAGAAAGUAAGAAGCUUUGUGAGGCAUUCAAUGCUGCACCUCCACUAUCAAGAAAUCCUCCACUUUGGGGAACCAUGAAGUAUCUAUCUGAAAAAAUUCCCAAGGAUACUUCAAGCAAGGUGCGAAUAAACCAUGAUCUCUACUCUUAUGAGAGAAUCAUGGAAACAGCGCCAAUUUUGCCUGAUUUUUCAUUGGCCUUGAAGCCGGAUGAAUAUCAACUUCCUCAGGUGGAUCCCUCUUGGACGGGGGAGAACACAGGGGAGGAACAAAAUGGCCCUAACCAUCUGAAGAGUUAAAAAAUGAAGCCGAACGAUUUACAAACCGCAGAUAUAUGGCCGCCUUCUGCAAGGAAGGAUGUCAACUUUAAGCACUAAAGGGUAUUCUUUGCCACCAGAAGCAAUUCAAGUGGUGUUUUUUUUUUUUUGGGGGGGGGGUAUGGUGUGGGUUGAGAUUCACAAAAAAGA